CUGUCAAAAACUCGUCACAUUGAGUUAAAUGAUUACCACAGCAAGAUACUGAACCGAGAUUGGAUUCAGUAUCCGCAGCUGAGAUAUUGUUGUUCUCAGCUCUUAGCUGGCGUCAUCCUCGUACAAGGCCAAACAUCCAUAUUAAUAAAUACUGUCGAACCGUGCGCCCGCGAUUCGCUAAUAGAUGCUCACUAUGAACGAAGAGCAUCUGGGUUAUCAAGCUCGUAACCAACUACAGCGGGACAAUACGGAUAUAUAUCAGUCUGCCUGCUGCCGAGUAACGAUGGCCAAAAACUAAUUAUUGGCAGUAGAACUUGCAAUGUUCUGGUAACAGCAAGCAUCCGUCUGGAUACCAGAUCAGUCAAUCUCGGGCCUGCAACGAACAUUUUAUUCUAACAUCUGCCACUCGCAUUUUCCUGGAUUGUGAAGCUAUUGACCGGGUCAAGGCCAUGCUCGCCGAUCCCAAUACAAAUCAAGCUCAAGAAAUGUUGGCACUUUAUCAAUUGAAACAGGUGCGUAGCAAAUUCGACCAUUUAUCCACGUACACCAUGUGCAGUGCAUCGUCAAACCUCGCAUCGCGUCUGGAGAUGCAACCAACCACAAUCUGGACGCUUUCAGACCAAUCCAAUGGUCCAGCAACAAUGUCACAAGUAAAAGUAGCAUCUCUGUUAUUCCGUGCCAUUGCCAUUCAAGUGAUUCAUUAUGGGCGCGACGCACAUCUCACACGUAGCGAAUUCAAGGAAAUCGCAUCUUUUGCGGAGAAGUCAGCUGUAUCGGUAAUCAUCAACAAUAUUGAAAGCUUGUUUUCAAAUGAUCCUCUCAACAGAAUCAUUGGUAAUACGUUAUUAAAUAGUCAAUUGGUAGAUCUGGCGGCUAUCGUUGCUAAGAAUAAGAAUGAUUAUGAUGGCAAGGAAUAUCAGA